GGAUAUUAUCGAAGAUAUUAUUCAGUAAAGGACGAGGUAAAGGAUUAGGACAGGAUGCCUAGUCUGAGGAUUUACUACAAGCCUGUACUUGGCCUGAGAUGCUUACAAUCGAGACCUUUCUCCUCCUCUUCUUCAGUAAAGGAAGAUAACAGGCAGUUGCUAAAGGCUGGGGCGCGAUACCUCUCUGAGGAGAACAUUGAAAGGACUAGGAAGAAUGUGGAGCUUCGUAAACUUGACAUUGAUUUUGAUCACUUGGUAGGCGAGUACCACAAGUACCUUCAACUGCAGGAAAGGAUCAGUGACUUGGAGCAUGAAAAGAAAAGAGCGAGUGAAAUUAUAUCAUCUACAACAAUUGAUAAUGAGAAAGAGGAUAAGAUGAACCAAGUGAGACAACUCAAAAGCAAACUUAGCGACUUAAAAGCUGAAAUGCAUCCAGUUGAGAAGUCAUUUAUUCACAAUGUUUCGUUUCUUCCUAACAAUAUUCAUCCUGAUGCGCCGAUUGGUCAUGAACCACGAUUAGUGGAAUAUCUCAAUAAAAAACAUUGUCGUGACUUUACGCCACUCGACUACAAAGAGCUCGGAAAGAGACAUGAUCUAUUUGAUAUCCCUUCUGCUGCCCAGUGCUCCGGAGAAGGUUUCUAUUAUCUCAAAGGGGAAGCUGCUGUACUAGAGCUAGCACUGAUACAAUAUGCCAUGAGUAAAGCCAUCAAGAAUGGGUAUUAUCCUAUAUCUACACCAGAUGUCAUUAGAACACAUGUGGCUGAUAGGUGUGGCUAUCAAGCUCGUAGUGGUGAAAACCAGUAUUAUUUGCUUGCUAAUGAGGACAAGUGUUUGAGUGGGACUGCUGAAAUCCCACUAGCAGGAAUGUAUCUUAACAAAAAUGUAUUAUACAGUGAUCUACCAAUAAAGUAAGUCAUAGUAUUACCGUAUAGCUAGA